AUGACUACCCCAGGGAAGAUCACUAUCUCUAUCGACCGCGGUGGAACAUUUACCGAUGUUCAUGCUAUUGUACCUGGUCGCUCAGAUAUCAUUCUCAAGCUCCUUUCGGUAGAUCCAUCACAUUAUCAAGAUGCUCCAACUGAGGGUAUUCGUCAGAUCCUGGAGCUUGUUACAGGGGAGCCACAUCCCCGAGGCCAGCCGCUGAAGCUGGAUCGUAUCGGUUGUUUGCGAAUGGGUACCACAGUGGCCACCAAUGCACUACUGGAACGCAAAGGAGCACGAUCAGUACUUUUAACAACCAAAGGAUUCCGAGAUCUGCUCAAGAUAGGUGAUCAGUCACGUCCUGCCAUCUUCGACCUUUCCAUGGCGCGGCCAGGAGUAUUACCAGAGAGCGUUAUUGAAGUCAAUGAACGGGUUGUACCUUGUCAUCCAAAUGCGGACUCCGAAUGCUUCUCCGGUGCUCGGACUGUGGAGGGUAUCACAGGAGAGAAGUUUCGCGUAAUUCAGGAAUUGGAUAUCGACCAAGUACGAUCAGACUUACAGCGGCUCAAGGACCAAGGAUACCAGUCACUAUCAGUGGCACUUGUUCAUUCCUUUGCCUACCCGGAUCAUGAAAAUCAGAUUGGCGAAAUUGCCGAGCAGAUGGGAUUCUCGGUGACGCUGUCUUCCAAGUUACAGCCCAUGAUUAAAAUUGUGCCUCGUGGCAUGUCUGCCGCAGCUGAUGCAUAUCUUACCCCGGUCAUCAAAACCUAUAUCGACUCCAUCUCCGCGAGCUUUGAAGGCGGACUUGAGAGCCAAGAACAAUGCAGAUUUGAGUUCAUGCAGUCAGAUGGUGGUUUGGUAGACUUCCGCAAGUUCAGUGGCCUGAAAGCAAUCCUUUCUGGCCCUGCAGCUGGAGUUGUAGGAUUCGCCGCUACCAGCUGGGACCCAGAUGAGAAGAUCCCCGUUAUCGGAUUUGAUAUGGGUGGUACAUCUACCGAUGUAUCCAGAUUCGAUGGUCAUCUGGAACAUGUCUUUGGAUCUAAGGUGGCUGGAGUCCUCAUUCAGUCCCCUCAGCUUGAUAUCAACACGGUAGCUGCUGGUGGUGGCUCAAUUCUCUCAUGGAGAAACGGUCUUUUCUAUGUUGGACCCGAAUCAGCUAGCGCGCACCCAGGUCCAGCUUGUUACCGGAAGGGCGGACCUUUGACGGUUACAGAUGCCAAUCUGUUCCUGGGUCGGUUGCUUCCCGAAUACUUUCCUCACAUAUUUGGACCGAAUGAGGAUCAACCUUUGGAUACCGAGAUCACGAUACAAAAGUUCAAUGAACUGACUCAGAAGAUUAACCUUGAGCGUCGACAGCUAUCUCAACCGGAGUACACCGCUGAAGAGGUUGCGCUUGGAUUCUUAAAGGUGGCAGAUGAGUCGAUGGCCCGUCCUAUCCGGAAUCUCACUGAGGCUCGAGGCUUUGAAACGGCUUCACACCACCUCGCCUGCUUCGGAGGAGCUGGCGGACAACAUGCAUGCUCGGUCGCUGCUUCACUAGGAAUCUCCCGUAUAAUCAUCCAUAAAUACUCCUCAGUUUUGUCCGCAUACGGUCUGGCUCUCGCCGAAGUCGUCAAGGAAUCACAAGAACCAGUAUCUUCCGACUAUCUCUCAUCACACAGCACUCUAUUAGAACGCUUCGAGAACAUGUCCAACGCUGCAACAGACGAGAUGAAAAAUCAAGGAUUCCCGUCUGACCAAGUGCGUCACGAACAGUACCUGAAUAUGCGAUACGAAGGUUCAGACACCAGCUUGAUGAUACUGCGACCGGAAGGUUCAGCAGACUUCCUGAGCGAGUUUCGCGAUCGUCAUCGUCGCGAAUUCAACUUCAACUCUGAAAGACCGAUUCUCGUCGAUGAUAUCCGCGUCCGCACCAUCGCUUCAUCUAAGGUACGCACAGAGCGUACUCCACUGGUUCAACUGAAGGAUGCUACUAUCAAAGAUGUGACCGCAUCUCCAGUCAACACAACUGCUGCGUACUUCGAUGGCUUCUCGAAGCGAAUUGAUACCCCUGUUUAUCUACUUGAUCAACUGGACAAGUAUAGUCGUAUUGUCGGACCUGCAGUGAUCAUCGAUCAAACCCAGACAAUUGUCGUUGCUCCGAACGCAGUUGCUCAAUUGCUGGAGACAUGUAUCGUUAUCGACCUCAUUGACAAGCCUACUGCAUCCCUUCCAAGCGCGCAGACUUCAUCUGAAGUUGAUCCGAUUCGUCUCAGUAUCUUCGGCCACCGAUUCAUGUCUAUCGCUGAACAAAUGGGCCGAACAUUGCAGAAAACCUCCGUUUCCACCAAUAUCAAGGAGCGACUGGAUUUCUCCUGUGCUCUGUUCUCUCCCGACGGAGGCCUUGUCGCUAAUGCUCCCCACGUCCCUGUGCAUCUGGGGUCAAUGCAAUUUGCCGUGCGAUACCAGCACCAGAAAUGGUUGGGUAACUUGAAAGAUGGAGAUGUGCUCGUUGCCAAUCACCCUAGCUGCGGUGGUACUCAUUUACCAGACAUUACUGUGAUUACACCCGUAUUCGAUCGUCCAGGCGGAACAGAGAUCAUGUUCUACGUUGCAUCGCGUGGCCAUCACGCUGAUAUUGGCGGAAUUCUCCCAGGAUCAAUGCCUCCAAAGUCCACAGAACUUUGGCAAGAGGGUGCAGCUAUCGAGGGAGACAAGAUCGUCAGUAACGGAGUUCUAGAUGAAGCCCGCCUGAUCGAAUUGCUGGUUACCAAGCCCUCCCAGUACCCCGGCUGCUCAGGCGCAAGAUGUAUCAGCGACAAUCUUUCGGAUCUUAAGGCUCAAAUUGCGGCUAAUACUCGGGGUAUUGGGUUGAUUCAAACCCUUUUCACUGAGUAUGGAGUUGGAACAGUGCAAAAGUACAUGUAUGCUAUUCAAGCUACUGCUGAGACUGCCGUCCGGAAUCUACUCAAGGGUUUGCAUGAGAAAUUUGGCGGGAAGCCUCUUGAGGCAGUUGAUUAUAUGGAUGAUGGUACUCCCAUUCGAUUGAAGGUUACAAUUGAUGGGGCGGACGGAUCAGCUGUAUUCGAUUUUGCUGGAACCGGAUCUGAGGUUUAUGGUAGCUGGAACGCUCCAAUUGCUAUUACGCACUCUGCUAUUAUCUACUGCUUGCGCUGUAUGAUUAAUGCGGAUGUUCCACUUAACCAGGGCUGCUUGGCUCCGAUUGAUAUCCAAGUACCGUCACCUAGCAUUUUGUCACCCACCAAGACUGCUGCUGUCGUUGGCGGGAACGUUGUCACUUCUCAAAGAAUCACUGAUGUGGUUUUCAAAGCGUUCCAAGCUUGCGCCGCCUCUCAGGGUUGCUGUAACAACUUGACUUUCGGAACCAACCCCAAGCUUGACCCUGAUACUGGCGCAGUGAUUACCCCAGGAUUUGGGUACUAUGAGACGAUCGCUGGAGGAAGUGGUGCCGGUCCAACUUGGAAAGGCGAAUCUGGUGUUCAAGUUCACAUGACGAACACUCGUAUCACUGACCCGGAAAUUCUCGAGAAACGUUAUCCCACUCUGCUCCGCCAAUUUACACUACGUGAUGGUUCAGGUGGUCGGGGUAAGAACCCAGGUGGAGAAGGUGUGGUACGAGAUAUCGAGUUCCUUGCCCCUAUGCAGUGUUCAAUCCUAUCGGAGCGACGCGUGCACAGGCCAUACGGCUUAGAGGGUGGAGAGGACGCACAGCCUGGCUUGAAUCAUUGGAUUACACGCGAUGUGGAGACCGGAGAAGAGCGUCAGAUUAAUAUUGGUGGCAAGAAUACUGUAUCAGUGAAAACACAUGAUCGGGUGGUUAUCCAGACCGCUGGUGGCGGUGGAUGGGGGUCUGUCGACGUGGCAGCAUGA